AUGUUGGAUGAUAAAACAGAUGAUGUGGAGCCGGUAACUACCUCAGCAAGCAAUAAGCAAGAGACACCACAAACUACACCUGCUCGCCAACUCAAACAUUACGAAGCGGGACUUGAGUUCCGUAAACUUUGGAAUAGUGUUAGAAAAGAAGAUAGAUCUGAAUUUUUGAUUUAUAUUCAAUUAGUAUCAAAACAUGAGGAAGAGAAAAUAGAGAAAGAGGAAUUGGAGAGACGGAGAGCUCAUUUGAAAGAUGAGAGCAAAGAAUUCCAAGAAAUGCACGAAAAGAAACUGCUGAAAUGUCUCGGACGCUAUCGUUCAUACGUCAACCGUUGCCAUCGACUGAGUGGAUACCGCCCUAAUCUCAAAUGGCAGUCGACUGCUGAAAUCGAAGACGAACUGGAAGGAUACUACCGUCUGGAACAGUUUGAUGAGUUCUGGAAGAGACUUCGAAAAAUGGAAUCGAAGAUUUCUGAAAUGGAAUGCUUCUACUUCCCGUACCAGAUUUAUUUCCAUGAAGAAGAUGUCGUCGAGUUCUUUGUGAAGAAGUGGAAUGGGCUCAAGAAAGCAGUUGGGAAUGCUAAAAUCAGUGUAUGCAAUUGA